GCUGCUCAGUAAAACGCAGCAGUGCAUCUGUUUACAAAUCUGAUGCUUUAUGGAAAAUGUUUUUGAACUGUUAGCUUUCUUGUUUUGCAUAGUUCAAAUAAACUAAUGCAACUUUUAUCUGUGCCUUUUUGUUUUACAUUGUAUCAGCCACAGUUCUGUGUUGUGGAGUCCAGAAGAUAUAAAAUCAUGUGUGGUUCAUGACAGUAGUACAUGUUGUUCGUUCUUGGGUCUUUUUUUUUUCCCUUUUAUUUUUUUUAACUUUUGGUUAAAUGCUACGUAAGUAUUUCAAGAAAUUCCUUUUUGAUCAAUUCCCAAAUCUGCCAGCCUGUUGUAUCUCCUUAACUGGAAAAAUGAGAUGGGUGCUUGAACAGUUGCUUGGCUGAAGAGGAAAUAAAGGCAGAGCAGGAGGUGGUGGAGGGGAUGGACAUCUCCACUCGAUCCAAAGAUCCUGGCUCUGCUGAACGUGCAGCACAAAAACGGAAAUUUCCCAGCCCUCCACAUUCCUCCAACGGCCACUCACCUCAAGAUGCCUCCACAAGUCCUAUAAAAAAGAAAAAGAAGCCUGGUCUAUUGAACAGUAAUAAUAAAGAGCAGUCAGAACUAAGACAUGGUCCGUUUUACUAUAUGAAGCAGCCACUCACCACAGACCCUGUUGAUGUUGUACCACAGGAUGGACGGAAUGAUUUCUAUUGCUGGGUUUGUCAUCGGGAAGGCCAAGUCCUCUGCUGUGAACUCUGUCCUCGGGUUUAUCAUGCUAAGUGUCUGAAACUGACAGCCGAACCAGAGGGGGAUUGGUUUUGCCCAGAAUGUGAGAAAAUCACAGUUGCAGAAUGCAUAGAAACACAGAGUAAAGCAAUGACAAUGCUCACCAUCGAACAGCUAUCAUAUCUACUGAAGUUUGCACUACAGAAAAUGAAACAGCCAGGGACAGAGCCAUUUCAAAAGCCAGUUUCACUGGAUCAACACCCAGAUUAUGCAGAAUAUAUCUUUCAUCCAAUGGACCUUUGUACAUUAGAGAAGAAUGUUAAAAAGAAAAUGUACGGUUGCACUGAAGCAUUUUUGGCAGAUGCCAAAUGGAUUUUGCACAACUGCAUUAUUUACAAUGGGGGAAAUCACAAAUUGACACAAACAGCAAAAGUCAUCAUCAAAAUCUGUGAGCAUGAGAUGAAUGAAAUUGAAGUGUGUCCGGAAUGUUAUUUAGCUGCUUGCCAAAAACGCGAGAAUUGGUUUUGUGAGCCUUGUAGCAAUCCCCACCCUUUGGUCUGGGCUAAACUCAAAGGCUUUCCAUUCUGGCCUGCUAAAGCACUGAGGGAUAAAGAUGGGCAAGUCGAUGCCCGUUUCUUCGGCCAACAUGACAGGGCCUGGGUUCCAAUAAAUAAUUGCUACCUCAUGUCUAAAGAAAUUCCUUUUUCUGUGAAAAAGACUAAAAGCAUCUUCAAUAGUGCAAUGCAAGAAAUGGAGGUUUAUGUUGAUAACAUUCGUAGAAAAUUUGGAGUAUUUAAUUAUGCACCUUUCCGGACACCAUAUACUCCCAACAAUCAAUACCAAAUGUUGUUAGACCCUGCAAACCCAGCUGCUGGAACUGCAAAGACAGACAAACAAGAGAAAAUCAAACUGAAUUUUGAUAUGACAGCGUCACCCAAGAUUCUGAUGAGCAAGUCCAUGCUGGGCAGCAGCGGAGGCCGCAGGAUUUCACUGACAGAUAUGCCACGGUCACCAAUGAGUACAAACUCAUCAGUUCACACUGGCUCUGAUGUUGAACAGGAUGCAGAGAAAAAAGCAACUUCCAGUCAUUUUAGUGCCAGUGAGGAAUCCAUGGACUUCAUUGAGAAAAAUACAGCUUCUCCAGCACCAACAAGAACAGGUCAAGCAGGGAGCUUGUCAGGCAGCCCCAAACCUUUCUCCCCGCAAGCAUCAACGCCAAUUGCUGCUAAGCAAGAAAGAACUUCCACGCCAGGAAGCAUUCUGAAUCUUAACCUUGAUCGCAGCAAGGCCGAGAUGGACCUGAAGGAGCUGAGCGAGUCGGUGCAGCAGCAGAGCACCCCCGUGCAGCUCAUCUCCCCCAAGCGCCAGAUCCGCAGCCGCUUCCAGCUCAACCUCGACAAGACCAUCGAGAGCUGUAAAGCACAGCUGGGAAUAAAUGAAAUAUCUGAAGCUGUUUAUACUGCAGUAGAACACAGUGACUCUGAAGAUUCUGAAAAAUCCGAUACCAGUGACAGUGAGUAUAGUGAUGAGGAUCAGAAAUCAAAGAAUGAUCAAGAGGAUGGGGAGGACAAGGAAGGUGCAAGAAGUGACAAAGAAUCACUGAGCUUGAAAAAAAAACCUAAACCUCCAGCACAGAAUGAAGACAAGGAGGAACUUAAAAGCACAAGUCCAGAAGUGGAGAAAACAGAAGAACCGGUCAAGGAAAAGGCUGUUUCAGACAGUGAAAAAGAAUUUUCUGAAAAGGGAAAGAGUUUACAGCAUCCUGCAAAAGAAAAGCUGAAAGGUAAAGAUGAAACAGACUCUCCAACUGUGCAUCUAGGACUGGACUCUGAUUCUGAGAGUGAACUUGUCAUCGAUCUGGGAGAUGAUCAUUGUGCUCGUGAAGGAAGGAAAAACAAGAAAGAAUCUAAAGAAUCUUCUCCUAAACAAGAUGUUGUAGGUAAAACUCCACCUUCCUCCAGUGCAAGCACCCAGCCUCUACCAGAAACUCCAGUGCUCACCCGCUCUGCAUCACAGACCCCCCCAGCUGGUGUGACAGCAACCACCAGUGCUGCUUCUACUGUCAGUGCUCCCUCUGCUGCCACAGGGAGCCCUGUCAAAAAGCAGAGGCCUCUGCUGCCCAAGGAAACCGCCCCUGCUGUGCAGAGGGUGGUGUGGAAUUCUUCAAAUAAAUUCCAGACGUCAUCUCAGAAGUGGCACAUGCAGAAGGUACAGAGGCAGCAGCAGCAGCAGAGCCAGCAGUCUCAGUCACAGCAGCCUCAGUCCUCUCAGGGGACAAGAUACCAGACAAGACAAGCAGUUAAAGCUGUGCAGCAAAAAGAGAUCACCCAGAGCACUUCCACGUCCACUAUAACCUUGGUCACAAGCACUCAGCCUAUUUCCAUGGUUACCAGCUCUGGAUCUGCAAGCACACUUUCUUCUUCACUCAGCACAGACUUGCCAAUUGCAACAGCUUCAGCUGAUGUGGCUGCAGAUAUUGCUAAAUACACCAGCAAAAUGAUGGAUGCCAUCAAAGGAACAAUGACUGAAAUAUAUAAUGAUCUUUCAAAAAAUACUACUGGAAGUACAAUAGCUGAGAUUCGGCGUUUGAGGAUUGAGAUAGAAAAACUUCAAUGGUUACAUCAACAGGAACUUUCAGAAAUGAAACAUAAUCUAGAACUGACAAUGGCUGAAAUGCGUCAGAGCCUGGAGCAGGAACGAGAUCGUUUGAUUGCUGAGGUGAAGAAGCAGCUGGAACUGGAAAAGCAACAAGCAGUGGAUGAGACCAAGAAGAAGCAAUGGUGUGCCAACUGCAAGAAAGAGGCCAUCUUUUACUGCUGUUGGAAUACCAGCUACUGUGACUACCCCUGCCAACAAGCUCACUGGCCUGAGCAUAUGAAAUCUUGCACACAGUCAGCUACUGCAACACAGCAGGAAACAGAUACUGAAAUUAGCACAGAAACACUAAAUAAAUCCUCCCAGCCCAGUUCAAGCGUGCAGUCUACACCCACAGAAACAACCAGCACUCCUAAGGAAAAGGAAGGUUCAGCUGAUAAAAGCAAAGAGAGUGUUACAAUAGCAACAGGUGUGACAAGCACCCAGCCUAUAAAACUGGUCCAGGUACCGCAGACCACCACCUAUAUUCCAACCACUCAACCCACAAUUGUAAGUACAGCAUCAUCAUUUAAAGUCUGCAGCAAUGCUGUUCCUGGCAUUAAAAUUGCUCAGUAUCUCUGGGGGGUUGUCUCCGUCUGCUGUUGUAUCAAGAGAUGAAUUCACUGGUAUAGUCUCAACUUGCAGUGCAAAAUGCUUUAUUUUGCUGUGCAACAUUGCACCCUUUCAUUCCAUUUGUGAUUGCAAGGAUUGAGAAAUCUUUAAGUCUGGCAAAGGCACUGAGGACAGGCAGAGGCCAUUUCACAUUAUUGGUCUGUUUCAUGUAUAUACUUGACCACAACAUCAAUGUAAAUAUAUAGAAUUCAUUUAAAAUAUCUUUUAAAUAUCAUUUUGUCUAUGGUAUCCUAAAGAGAUUUAGAGAUUUAAUUAUUUCUGAGCUAUGCUUGAUAUUCUUGUGACAUCUCAGUACCUGUGAAAAAGAAUAUGCAUUUGUCAGCAGUGUCUCUCCCAUGCAGUCUUGCACAUUAGCAUUUCGAAACAAGAAAUCGCAUUGGAAUCAGACCUGGGUUUUUUCCAUCAAAGGCUUAACCAAGGACAUCCGAAUUCCCUAGUGUCAGUCACAGUAGAUGGGACAAAAGUGAGUUGGAUUUCUGUAUUUUGUACACCAUAAUUAGUCCGUUGUUUCAGCUGGUUGUGCUCUGCAGUGCUCAUUUCAGACCAGGUGCCCUGGUCACCGCACGUGCUGUGUCUCUGUGCUGGGUUCAGCAGGGAAGCCCGUGUGUGGGUAGCUUCAUAUCUGACCUAAACUACACUGUUAUAAACUAUCUGAUUUAGCAGUGUACCUUACCCACAGUGUGACUGUGAGGCCUGAUGUGCUGUAGACGUUCCUCUGCCUCUCUCUUUCCCUGUGCACACCCCCAGCUGCAGGACACACGUGUGUGUGUUGGUGGAUACAUGCUCAUGCACAAACAGUGCUUUACAGCCAUCAGGUUCCACACAAACACAGCUCUUGGUGGGGAUGGAGACUUCCCAAAUUCCUCACAGCAUUUCAGUUCCACUUGGUCUCAGCUGAGAACGCUGUGCACCUUUGCAGCAUUGGCUCUGAGUUGCUUGGACUGAACUACCAUUAACAGUAAGGUUUUGUAUGUGUUUUAAAAUCCAAUAGCAGACUUCUAAGACAUCAGGCUUCUUUUGUGAAUAGCUGCGAGGUUGUAAGAUCCUACGGUGGUUUUGUGUAAUAUUCAGAAAAAUGGCAGUUACCCUCAUGUGUUUUCUGUAACACAAAGUGUAUUGAGUUAUGUAAAGCAGAAUUGGAAAGUGUGAAAGGUUUCCAACUUUAUUUGUGCAUGUUUAUAACUUUGUACACAUUUGCAUUAGUCUUGCACAGCUACAGACACCUCUGUAUUCUAAUGACUGCACGUACAAUUUAAAUAAUUUUAAACCUUAGUGCAUGUUUAAUAUGUAUGCAAAAUGUACAUAUGUGUAAAACUGGCAGAGGUGGAAAAUUUACCUCUCAGGGAAUGAUCUUAACACAUUUAAGGAGUCUCGCACAUUCCAUAUUCCGAUCGCGCUGAGAACUGAAACUUAAUUAAUUAAUUCCAUGUGUGUAAGUGUGUAUAUUUAAAAGGCAACUGUGGCAACCUUAAUUUCCCCACCUCUAGUACUGACAGUGACUUACAUAAUGGCUUCUUUAGAAUUCAGUUUGCACUUUGUGUCCAACUAGGAACAACUUUCAUUGUAUCUUCUGGGUACCAUUUCCACUGAACUUUGUGAACACAUCUGAAAUCAUUACAAAAUGGCAGUAAUUUUGAAUUUAUUUAGCAAAUUGGUCCCAUGUUUGUUUUUUAUUCUUCCUGCAGUUAAAAUAAUGUAAAAAUAUGAACCCAUCUUCUUUGCAUUCCAGGGAAUGGAAUGAGUAGGCUUCUGGAAGGCACAGACUCAGUCACAAAGGAGCUGUAAUCCAUCUCAGCAGGGAUACUCAGAGUCUUUGUGGAAUAUCAUUAAGACACUCAUGUGGUUUCUUGAAUCAGUGUGGGGAAACAUUGGGCUUCAGUGAACUUGUAUUUGUUCUUCCAUGUCCUCUCUGGAAUGUCACACUACCAUUGGGGGAAGAUCUGUGCAUCCCUUUCAGGUUCCUCAAAAUCUCACUCCCUGUUUCUUCCACAAGAUGUUGUGAACUGAAAUGGAUGCGUUUGUCUGAUCACCAGUUGUGCAUCACUGGAAUUGUGUCGGAACACGCUUUGCAGUUUGUAUGGUAGAGACAUUUCUAGACUUUCUCACGUUUUUGGAGGAAGGUUAAGAUACAGACUUUAGGUUCAAUAAAUCCUCUUACAGAUCUCCAGAGUGAUGUGACCUUGACCAGAUUGUUUAACAUUCUUGUGCCUUUGUCUCUGCAUCUGUAGAAUCAAUUACCACCUAUAGAGAUGUCCUGAAACUCCAUUUGUUGAGGUGUAUAAAUCAUGAUCAGUAUGAUGGAAGUGUAAAGUUUAUUCUAUAUUAAUAUUUUUACAGGGUGUGUAAGACAGUUCCCAGUAAUGCUGAUGUUUUUGCUAUUGAUUUGUGCAGAAGUUAACUUAAGUACUUUUUUUUGUUCAAAUGGAUGUUCUUUGUUCUCUUCUGUGUAGACUGAAUGCAUGGGGGAAAAGUUCCUUUUGGGGAAAAAGAUUUAAGUAAUGUGUAACGAGAAUAUACUUAUAAACAAGGGUAUUUUUGUACUCCAGUUUGAUUUGUCAGAAGUUUUUCAAAUGACAAAGGAUUUUCUUAGCCCUUUUUCCUCUUCCCACGUAUUGGUUUGCAGAAAAUACAUAACUGGAUGUAACUCUGAAACCCUCACCCUCCAAGCACAGGUAGUGUGUGCAGCCCCUAUUGCACCUCCUGUCCCUGUAAUUCUAGAGCAGUGAUGAGAACACAGAAACUCUUGGCUAUAGGGAAGUUAUGCACUACUCCUCCCCUGGAAUGAGGUAAUUCUGUGGUAAUAAAGGUAUUAGUUCUUGCACAAAAUUGGAACUUGUUCUGGAUUUCCCCUGGAAAACAAAUCUCUAUUUCUGUGGUCAUGUUUAGGUGACCUUUAACAUAACAAUCUGUUUCUCUUGGUUUUAAUCCACAGACCAUUCCUGUAGUGGUAAGUCCUUCUGCUGGGACAGUGGCAAUGAGAACUGGAGUUCAGUAUGUUCAGACCACAAUGCCAGUCCAAGUACGAAGAGUCUAACUGCUAACAAGAAGUGCAUACAAUUGUUGGAAUAAAAAAAUCUAAUAGAAAUGUGACAAAUAAACACAGUUCUUUGGAUUAACCUCAGAGGUUCAGACUUUAGCUUUGUGUAUGUGUGCAAAGCAUUAAUUACACUACAUUAAUGUAAAGCAUUAGUGCUGGCUUAGAAAAGCUAAGGACAGGUAAGAUCCAUAUUAAAUCUAUGCUUCUUUUGUAAAUAAUGUACAAUUUGUGGAUGUCAUUAGAGUACCAUCUCCUUUUUAUAUUUGUAUUGACUUUAACUUAUAAAGAGCGUUUGAAGUUGGAAAAGGAAGGUUUAAAAGAGCCUUACCACAACCUAAUGCUGAGAACUGGUCUUGGGAAACUGCAUCAAAUAAUCUGAUCCAGAAAAUCUGAACAACUUUUUGCAUUUGGAGUGAAAAAAUUUCUGCACUUUGAAACUCUUGUGGAAUUUUUCUGAACAACCAAGUGAUGAAGGAUAUCUCUUUUCAGCUAACUCUGUUAGGCAAAUUAUGGACCUGAAAUCCAUAAAAAUGUAUACUGUUUUUCACGAUGACCAGGAUGACAACAAAUAUUAACGUUGUUUACAGGUUAAAAUUACUUUAAAAUUUCAUCCAGUCUAAGAUCAGAAAAUUUGCAAAGUGUAAUAGCAGCUGGAUUGUAGCAGGAUUUCUGAUGACUGAUAUCAAAGAUUGAGGAAAGUAAAGUUUGUUGCUAUGCUUCACAGUUUUCUUAUUUUUUAAAAAUUCUCCCAAAGGACUUUGAAGAACUAGGUGUGGAGAAAAACAUGCAUUGGGAAACAUGGGCAAAGGACUUUUGAUGCUGGGCCAGAGCAUGUAUUAUUUAUAUGAUGGAAUUUAUGUUUUUCUGUAAGCAUGAAGCAGUGCAGUAUGAGAGGAAGUACCCCCUGGAGAUGCUGUCUGUUACACUGAGGCUGUAGUCCCAUUUUGUAUGUUGUGUAAAACGAAAGCAUUGAACAAAGCAAAGGUGAUGUAUGUAUAUGAGAAAAUUAACUGUAUGAUAUCAUUCCAGUACAUUCUGUUGUACAUUUUAGUCAUGUUGAUUUCUCCCAUUGUUUAUAUAAGAAUGCGGUUUGUACAGUCUCCAGCUAGUACCCAGAUUAGAGGGAAAAAAGUAUUAGAAUAAAAAAAAGUGAGAACAGAAUAUUCAUUAAUUGCAGUUGUGUCAAAACUAGCCUAGCUGGCCUUAUUUGUGAAGCAUAAUUGCUUUUAGCAUAUGGAAGUAUUUUUUCACAUUUUCUUUGUAUAAAAUUUGUAUUAAACUUAAAUAUCUUUUUUGACAA